AUGGUAUCCACGCUCGAGGGCAGAUGGCUUCUGGAAGAUGAGAACGGGGACACGACCAUCGCCUUGAUCUCGGAAAAUGGGGAGGUCAAGUUCAUGGAAGAUCCCGAGGCGGAGAUGCGAAUUGCUGAACCCAACCCCGGGACGCCGGAAUUCCUCCUGCUCUCCAGCGACGGUGAGGAGCUAUGCCAGGUUAAACUGGUCGAAGCAGAGUCUGGCCCAACGUUGCAGCUACAGGGCCAGGACGGGCACACCGAGACCUGGAGGAAGAUCCGCCAGGAUGCCCCGAAGACCGUCUCCAGGAAAAAGGGUGCGCUGCCGCGCAUUUUCACGAAGGACUGGGGACGGAAGCAGGAGAGUAUGAAGAAGGGCAACAGGGUUCCGCGGCGCCGCCUGCCCCCGAGAACGAGACGGCGGAAGGAGCGCAAGGCAAGUCCGGGCCUCUAA